AUGUGGAACAAAGCAAAACAAAGGCGAGUUAAAAUCCUUACAAAGUUCAACGAAGCCAAAAUUGAUAUCCAGAGUAAAGAAGAACUGAGUCUAAUCGGUAGACUUUCGGUACGCCAGUGGAGCUCGCCAACAGACCAUGUAGAAAUCGAAGACGGUCCAAUUUUUUCAGAAAUAUUGUCAGGAUAAAAUUUUGUAUAAAAAAUAUGUCAUGGUCAGCGUUUUCCUGACACCCCAGAGAUAGUAAUGCAAACAGCAAAUAGCGUUGAAAAAAGAUGUGGGCCGGCAGACUUGAUCGUCGCACAGAAGAGUCGUUAAUUUGAGACCAAGGGUUCCCAAUAACAAAUUUACUACUUAAUUUGUGGUUCAACAUUCUUGGAGAUUUUGAUCAAAAACACCAAGGUAUUCCAGAGUUCUGGAUGCAGAUGACACUCCAGAUCUACAUUUUGACUGGCGAACAAUUUCUUAGUUAAAAUUGACCUUGUAUUAUGGUCCGACUUUUAAAAUUGUGGAGUUGCGCUUGCGGAUCAUGAUUCAGGACACGUUACUGAUCGUCUUCAUUUCCUUCUUCACAGCCUUUCUUGGCGAAGGUUAGUAGACAUAAUAAUUGGACAGUAAAACUGUGUUACAGGUACUGUCAGGAACCGUCUACCCUUAAUGCUUAAGCAGGUUGAAAGGGCUCGGCCCGACAGAUUGCGACUUCCUAACACUAUUUCACAAGCCAUCACUUCCAUAGCCUCUGACAUGUCAUUGUACGAUUUAUUAUAACUUGGUGAAGAUGUCUUCGCAAUAGAAAUCGUGGGGUGUGCGUUCACCUCAUGAUUUCUCUUGUCGCGCAUGGCGCCAAAUUUUGACACGCAUAUAGGCCAGGUAUAAAUGUGGCCUUUUUAUGGUUGGAGUUUAGACAUUCUUGGUCAUGUGAAGGUGUUUCGUGGUUCUUUCAAUAUUUCAUUUUCCACAUUCUUAUCACCCUUAAAUUACGCUAAGUCGGUGUGGAUUUUUGUGUUGUGCCCUAGUCUAAUGCCUGGUCUGACAUCUGUACUUUCGAAUAAUGACCUUACUGAUGUUGGGCCUCUUCAGCCGAGCUCCGCACUUACUUUACUUUAAGUAUGGAAUUUUGGGAACUCGAUAUUUCGCUUUCUAUUUUUAUGCAAGUAAAACCAAGACCUCUCGAUUCAGUCUUAGACUCACCUAAGUCUUAAAGCCAAAAUUCCAUACUGCAUUCUGCAGCCGACCGAAGGCCUGGUUGGCUUUGGAGAUCUGAUGAACCACUUCGUUGUCGAUUUUAUUGCAGCAUGAGAGAGCACUACCUCGGUAGGCGAAGUUACACAUGGUCUCAGAUUGGGUGCCAUUUACGUAAAUGUGAAGGAUGUUGUAUGCGGUGUUAGGUGGAGCUUGACACCGCCGUUUUGUCCGCAUUGAUCGCCGGCCCGAAGUCGGCGCAGCCAGAGGCGGAGAGGUCCCUGCUCCGUGGUACAUCUCCCUCUGUCGCGGUGUUGAGCGCGCAAUCGUCCACAAAGAGCAGAUUGUGGACAUGGAGAGGCGCGUUAGGGUCUGUAUGCACCCGCUACUGAGAUGGUCGUCGGUCCUGUAGGCUAUGCAGAUCUCGGGACGCUCAUUACGGUAGACGUCCAUCAGCAGGGCAGAGGAAAUGAGGCUGGAGAGUGUGGGACGACAACACAGCCAUGCUUUACCCCGUUGGUAGCCUCGAAUGCUUCUGCUCACCUUCACACCUGUAUGUAGACACACAGGAGUUGUUCUUAUUGUCGUCGUCUUCAACGAGGCCUCGUUUGGUCUUCCAUUAGAGGGUCGGUCGAGCCCACGAAUUUUCAGGAUGAAGGGCAAGCACUGUCGGCCGGAUACGUCUGGGUGGUGUGUGCAUCCUGUACACACGGCCCAUUUAGUAUUCGUACAUGGCUGUUUUGAUGAAAGCCCUCUGAGUGGCCCAACGUCGAGUCUAGAGAUUUCAACGAAAUCGGGGACCGCGCGCUCCCGGUCGAUCCGGGUACUCAGUUUUGCUGCAUCCUCAAGAGUCACGGUAGAGAGAGGGGCUAAGAGGGGCGACUAUGUUUCGUUCAGUAGCUGGGCAAGAUGUUCUUCCAAUUUAAGCUUCGCGUCUGUCAGUCGCUCCUACUGCGCACCUGUAUUGUCCCCGAUCCUGGCGGCCAGAUUGCCAAACCUGUUAGCCUCUGAAAUUAUAUUGAGCUUUCCGAUUUCCCUGUUCGGCAAAGCACUUUUACUCCUAAGUGGGCGGUCAUUGGACUAUCAGUCGGGCAGAUCUUUUGACCAAAUAUGCGAAUUCUGCGGGAGCAUUCCCUAUGAUCGUGGCAUCUCUGAAAAGUAUGUUUACGUUCGAGCCACUUUUUCCUAUUAAAAACGCCUCAGAGACAUUUGUCAUUGUACAUAACUAGUUCAGCGUGCUUAGACGAGUCUAUAGUUUUUUUUCGACGAGACCCUAAUUGGAUUACCAGAUGGCCGCAAACCGGCAUUUUUAACAACGAUGUCGUCCAGCCCGGUAAACAUGGCAAUUCUCUCACCGUUUUCAAGCUGAUAUAGCGGUUAGAAACUCGAUCCCCAACCACUGCGCACCUCCAAUCCUGCGAAGACGAGAAAAUAUCUCGUGAGAACACGUCCGGCGUCUGACUGAAGUUUGUCAUAAGAUACCUUUUUAUGUAUCCAGCAUCAUUGCAUACGCUUGAACAACCUUGAGUUUGUCAACACAACAUCUUAGGUGAAAUGUGCAGUCUUCAGCGGCAUCAAUUUCAGUCGUAGAAGUGAGGCUUUGUCUUGAUCAUUCAAAGAGCACAGUUAUCAGUGACACCAUUGUAAUCGCGACUUAAGUAUUUUUCAGCAUUUGACACCCUGACGCUGCUCACGGCAUGAUCUGACAAAAGCACCUCGCCAAAGCCAACUUUCGCACGUCGCUGCAAAAGUGGUUCUCAUGUUCUUUCUUCAAUGCGAACAGGAUAGCUUCCACACUGGCCGUUCGGAUCCUACUGUGCGAUUCCUAUGGACGCCGUAUCAUGAGUCAGGACGCACAAUAUAGACCUUUGUAUAAGACUGAGAUUCAGGGGUCCCCAGUCCUCACCUCAACCUUUGCACGCACAUCCGUCCAGCAAGGUAUCGAUGACGGGGAGAAGUCACGUAGCAGUGACUCAUGCCGUCCACGUCACAGUGCCGUCGCCCAACUCCGUGACACUUUAUAGUGAAGAUGGGUGAAAAUCCGCUUCUCAGAUAUCGCGUUCAUCAUUCCCCGAAGAAGACGAAGACGGAGAGAGGACGAGUUCAUGGACGUUUAGGAAACUUCCUCGUCUAAGUCAUCAGAGUUGUGUAGUCGCUGCUGGUUCGGUUUUGCCACCCGCCCCCUCCCGUAGCCGUGCUCGACGCACGAACUUUGACCUGUCCGUUUGCUACCAAAUAGCUUUGACACCUCUGAAGAUGGCCGUUGAUAGGCUCAAGCGACCUUUGCUCCCUUGUGAGUAGUCAAGUCAACGUCGGCCUGUCGGCCUUCCCCACGUCAAUCGGCGGACUGAGCAGUUGUUUCUGUUCGCGCGAGCUGCUUUUGGCCUCGCACCCGCGUCGGCGAGACAGUGUUUGAUGUUGGCCACGUGACCUCCGGCCGCCCCCUUCCCUAUUUUCUGUAAGUAUCAGCUCCCGGUUCCGCGUGCUCGACUGUCCUACUAGCUCUGUUCGAAUUAAUCCGAGCCUUGUACGUAGCGCUUGGUAGGUGAGAUGGAGGUCUAUAGCUCGGUUGAUUGUGCCAGUCGAGGACAUACUUUCGAGUACCAGACUGGCCAUCUUCUCAUUGGCCCGGCCGAUCACCCUUGAAUUCUCAAAGGUUGAAACUAUGGCCGAGCUCUUGUAUGUGGCCAUGUACCAGAGACAGCUUUUCCUUGCGGUUGAUUAAAAGUUGGUGCUUGUGCAAUCUUUUUCCAAGGCGUUUGCCCGUUCUACCAACAUACCUUGCAUCGCAAUUUUGCAUGGUAUGCUGUAGACCACUGCUGAUCGCUGUUACUGGUAGCGGGUCUUUGGGCAUGAUGACUUGCCGUCUGAUUGUUGUUUCUGGAUUGAACCACACCAAUCCCGAAAGGUUUCCGGAUUUUUGCCGUCGCUUCUGAAAAGUUCUUCGCAUGGGGGAUUGCGGGCCAGAACUUCGGCUCUUCUCCACUCAAAAUGAGGCUCCUUGAGGUACUUACGUAUAAAAGACCUCUGAUAACCGUUGGCGUCACGUGACCACUGUCGAACACUACCUCAUCGACGCGCAUGCAAGGCUGUAAGCAACUCGCGCGAACAGCAACAGUUGAUCAGUCCGCCUGUUGACGUGGGAGGGACCGACAGGCACACCGGCUUGGCUACUCACAAGGUAACAAAGGUCACGUGAGCCCAUCAGCGGCCAUCCUCAGGGGAGUUAAAGCUAGUUGGCAACAAACGAGCAGGCCGAACAAAGUUCGUGCGGGACGGGCAGUGAUACUAAAUAACUCAAGACCUGUAGAAGCAGCGCCCACACAACUCUGAAAUUUUUCGAACGAUCGGUACAAGUAUAGCUUGGUCCACGAACUUGCCCUCUCUCCUUCUCUGUCUUCUUCGGGGUAGACGAAGGUGCGCUCGCUGAUAGCGAUACGGGAUACACUCGUCCCGCGUUGCCCCUUAGGACUCACCCCCGAGCCCCGCCAUCAACCGCACAACGGUUAGGUAGUAUAGGCAGAAUAACAUUACAAACGAAGACAAGGAGGACUGGAAUGGCUAUUUCUGGCUUAUUAGCCGUCGUCAGCCAGUCAUACCUGGCCCUAGGUUUUGAAACACCUGGGGUUCGGACCCGCCCUCUUUUGCUUAUUAGUCUAACGUCCUAACGCUUGGACUACGGACACGCAAUUCUGUCGGUUUCGAUCGGGUAAGUUAACUGUGGUAGAGAGGUUUUCGCCGAUCACGUUGCGGGACGGAUAUGUCCCGUCGCAAACGAUAAUACAUUGACAAAUUGCGAACAAUGCACUUAAAGCGUCUGCAGCCACGCAUUCUGUAUGCAGAUUUAAACGCCGAGUUGUACUUUGGCACUCAUUCGCACGCUGUAAUUGCAUGCAGUUUGUUAUUCAUUCACUCGCCAUCGCACCAUCACUGCCAGGAGUGCCUUCUGUUUGCUGCUCGACAACGGAACGCUAAUAAACCUUAUAGGAAUUAGAAAGAAACCUACCGGAUGAUUGGUUCAGCAACUGCAUGAAGACCAAUGCCAGUCUUAGAAUUUGCGGUGUGACCUGUCGGUGCAUGCCUGUUAUUUAUUAGUUGCCAGAUGCUUUGCUCUGACCCGGAGCCGCAAGCCGUAGCGAAGCCUUCGUAAUGCGUUCUGCAAUUGAAACACGACAAGAUGUCCACCCAUGGCCCAAUUUGUGAGCCUUUGGUUUAGUGCUCAACGACCUGAACAUCCUGAUUCAGGCUCUGGGCUCUUCCGGCCUGAAGAAUGACUGGCUUGUAUUGACAACCAAGCCAGGAAUGGUCUUUAUAGUUUCUUUUUUUUCUAUUUUACCGCCCUACGACUACCUGCUUUUGGUUCCCAUUUCCCCUCUUUGCGACCUAUCAGUAAAAAGGGACGUCUUACUACCCCCAGGUCUUUCAUGGCUCCUUGUCUAUCGAACGGAAAAGUACAAAAAACUGCAAGCUGAAGUCGACAAACAAACAAAACGACGUAAGCGUGCCCUUCUGUAUUCAUUUCUUAGUGGAGAAACAGCGGGAUUCCACCAUGGAGACCAACAUUGACAAAGCGACCAAGAAGCGUCUCGGUAAUGUCCACCGCUCCAUGCUUACACUCCUUUAACGACCAGAAAAGCAGGAAGAAAAGUUAAAAAAUUUCAGUCGGGAUCUCUCCCUGGUCAAAAUGAAAUCCAUGUUUGCCAUUGGUGUGAUAUUUACUGCGCUUUUCAGCGUUUUUAACCACACGUGAGUUAAUUCUUUCCAUCUUACUACUCCCCCCCCCACUGCGUCUCAUCCUCCCUCCUACUAAGUUAUUUAUUUGAUCUUAUGUAGUUUCGAUGGACGUGUUGUUGCCCGCCUACCUUUCGUGCCGAUCUCUUGGCUACAAAACCUGUCUCAUCGGAACCUUCCUGGUUCUGACUACACAGACUGCUCCUUCAUCUUCCUCUACAUUCUCUGCACCAUGUCGAUUCGACAGGUAGGUUGUCUUCCCUCUCAUCCUUCGUCGCUCUCCCUUACUUUUUACCCGAUCUCAGUUUCACGCCUGUGGGCCUACGCACGCACUGAAGAAGGGACCUCCAAUGGCUAGGGUAUGUGCUUCACCAUACGAAAGAGUUGAUCCUGUUCAGGGUCUCGGUCCGCUUAACGCUCCCCACGCUGAUGGGGUUUCCGACUUAUUUGCGUUCAUCAGUCGGACAUAUCCCAACUUCAAUAGGGACAAGCUUGAUCGGUUGAUCAGCCUAGGUUUAAGUCACACCAGCAUAAGAAACACGAGCUCACGCCCUAUCGUCUGCGUUCGGGGAUUUUCAAAGUUACACGGGAGGAGUCAUUCACAACUCUGUCCUGAUCGAGGGACGGAAAUGAACAUUCCUGUUUUGUCUUGAGGCUCCAGGUCUGGGGCCUUCUCAGGCGUUUUCAUAGAGACGAGCUAUCACUUACGGGUUGGGGGAAGCGAAAAGGCAUGUUCCAGAAAGUACCCGCGAAUCCAAUCGACCAACAGUUAAGUAAAUAGGCCAUUAUUGUGGAAGAACUGGAUGUCUGCGUCAAUUUCGGAUACUUUUGCCAACUGUUAGGCUCCCGUAUGCGAUUAUGAAUGCACAGCAUAGGGACCAUAUAAAUACUGAUAUGCUAAUAAAAGGCGAGUUCCAGGAGGUAGUCGCGAAGAAGGAGGCACGAUCGCUGGAACAGAAGCUUUAUUAGCCUGGCCUUUCGGAUUCUCACUUGGGGACAGAGUCAGAUAAACGUAGUGGAUUGCCCAGGUGUUGCAGUCUUUGUAGGAUGUAGUUGACAGGCCGCUACAUGUCUAUCACAGUUGGCAACUCCCGAGCGCAUCACGGCUCAACCGGCCAGCUAUUGAAGUAUGCAGUUGCUAUAUGCCUGUGUGCCGGCCAAGAUUAUCGGUUCCCACGCUCAUCGCACGCAGUCGAGUUGCCGACUGCCGGAUUUCGUUAGCCGUGCUGACUCCUAGGCGAUUUGGCUCGCAGAAAUUGACACCAGGGACAGUGAUUGUCUGCGCGCACCUCGCGGCUAACUAUUUUGCCUAAGCAAAGUCUUGGCGACGAAUAUGGAGCGGGGAGGUCUUUGCGCUUGCUGAUUGAAUGAGGACCGGAAAACCAUGACUUUCGCAGUUCGCGGCUCACGCGAUCGUCAUCGCUAGCAAGAAUUUCUGCUUCAUCAAAUUUAAAUGUGUGAUUGUGUCCCGUCGAAUGAUGCCCUGAUGAAUUGUUAAGCUCGUCAGAACUGAACACGCGUUGGUGCGAGGGACUGAAAGGGGAGGAGUUGGAUGACAGUGAGACGGUGAAAGCAAGUGUAGUGAUGAGCGACUUCAGACUGUCCGGCGGUCAUGACUGCUUUCUAUCCAAAAUGAAGGACCCAGGACCGCGGCUGGCGCCUGACGUGACCAUUAAUGACAACUUCUUUUGCUUCCCGUGACAAAUGAGAGCUUCUCAAACCACUUGUAUGCUGCACCUCAGUGCUUGCAUUCAUUAGUGAGCCAAGCUGUGCAUUUGUGGUGAGAUUGUAGUCAACACUACCUCUUGGACUGCGUGACCGGUUAUUAGUUUAAGGGGGCCUCAGAAGUAAUUUGCAUCUGACCAUCUCAACAACUGUAGACGACGUGCUCAAAGACCUGCCUUCAAACACUCUCAACAAUUUCGGCAAUAAUUCUGACGAUGCAUGAAUAUAAAAUGAGGAUUUAGCUUGAAAGGUUGUUCAAGCAUAAGUGGAGACCUAAAGUUUAGCAAAAAGCAGUUUCUCAAAGUCAGUUAUGACGCGUACGGAGUGACAAAUUGUGCAUGAUGCCCUUGUACUUUGUGCAAUGAAUCGUGAAUGAUUCAAUGCUUUGGGGCAGUCAAAGGAAUUUUCAGCUUGCUGGCUUACUUUGAACCAAGAUUUUCUGUUGAUUGCGGUAGGAAGAGUUUUGCAGAAAUUGGUCUUAUGGCGGACGAAGAAAGCCAAGGGAUUAUGAGGUUUCAGCGAAGACUUGGAGAUGCAGAUUAUUCAUUAGGCAAAGUAGGUCAGAGGCGUCUUCCUUGUUGUCAACAAUCGUGAAUAUAUCAUCCACGUAUCUCUUGUAUAAUGUUGUCAUGUUUAAUUCUGAUGACACCUUUUCUUCUAAGUAACCCAUAAAAACAUCGGCGAGGGUUGGCCCGAGUGGACUACCCAUUGCGACUCCGUCAAUUUGCCUGUAAAGUUCCCCAUUAAACAGAAAUUGAACAUCUUUGGUACAAAGUACUAGCAGAUCGCGUAGUAGUUCGGGGGAGAAUCGGGUUUUGGACGCAUGGGCGCAUAUAACAUCUAUUGUUUCAUCUAAUGGUACAUUGGUAAAUAAGGAUUCCACGUCUAAAGAGAUCAUACACUUAUCGGCGAUGUUCUGGUCCUUACUUUCUUCAAUGAAAUGAAGACUGUCUUUUAUCGUGUAGGUGGAAAACAAUUGUCGAAUUGGUUCUAGCUCCUUGACAAGCCAUUUUGCUAGUCUGUGGGUAGGUGAAUUAGACAUAGAAAGAAUAGGCCGUAAAGGUGUGUCCUUUUUAUGCGUUUUUGGUAGACCAUAUAGUCUGGGGAUAUGUGUACUCUCGGUUUUAGGAGUAGUGCGGUUUUAGUAUCGAUCAGGCUUUUGUCCAACAACUUUUGCACCUUCCGGAGUGACAAAUUGUGCGUGAUACCCUUGCACUUUUUGCAGUGAAUCGUGAAUAAGUCAAUGCUUUGAGGUAGUCAAGGGAAUUUUCAGCUUGCUGGCUUACUUCGAACCCAGAUUUCCUGUUGAUUGCGGUAGGAAGAGUUUUGCAGAAAUUGGUCUUAUGGCGGGCGAGGAAAGCCAAGGAAUUACGAGGUUUCAGCGAAGAGUUGGAGAAAAUUCACCAGUAGCAGACACCAAAGUCUGUUUUUUGCACAAUACCAUUGCGCACGUGCUGAGUUUAUUUACUGAAAGCCGCCGCGUGUGACUCCGUGGCGCAACGGUAGCGCGUCUGACUCCAGAUCAGAAGGUUGCGUGUUCAAAUCACGUCGGGGUCACCGUUUUUACGCAAUUAUACUCCUUUUUAAAGUGUAAAGUAUAAACGCUAUGUGACUGUCUAUCAGAUGACUGCAAGAAGGCAUAUUUUUGUCCGUGUUCUUUAUAAAAUAUAUUCCAUUUUGCGAGACCCCCGAAAAUAAGUGGGAAAAUGCAUGCUACUCAAGUAGUCAUUGUUUAACAAGCCCUUUUUCCACAGAAGAUUGAAAAGUGGUGCAUUCGAAAGCUGGCACCCUGUCGAGUUCGAGGCAGGCGUAGUCGGUUUUGCAACCGCGCCACAUACCGGAAGACGUCGUUUACUUUUGUGGUUGUUCUCAUGCCUUUCCAGAACAAGAAAUCUUCCAUUAUAACACUGACAUAGAGAUACUCACCAAUGCAGUGAGUUGACUGUAUUUCGCGACAUCAGUUUUUUGGCCAAACUGGGGGAGAGGUUCCAAUAUCAGCGACAACUUGAUAAAAAACGUCCAAACUCUGAAUAACAUUAUUAGAUAACGACAUUAAUUUAACCUCGUCAGAGACUCCUUUUUUCUGGAAAAAAAUUGUUCUGCUGACUAAUGUACAUGGUUAUAUCAAUGCUUCUGCACUUGUAUGAGGCUUCAUGCGUUCGGCCACUUUAUACGCCGCGUGGUAAGCAGCCAUCAUUUUUCAUUUGAUAGAAAACUUAAUUUUGCGAAGGUUUCUUGAGUGUUAAAUCGGAGUCUUUUAGCUUUCGAGGAUUCACCGUCAUGGCCGGCGAAAUUUGCACCCCAUGUUGGUUGUUGCCAUGUUCCAGCAGCUUAGACGAUUCCUAAUUUGCUUUGGAAAAAACAACGCCACAAAGUGCGCGCUGGGGUUUUUGUACAUCAUCAGUCUCUACGAUGCGGGCGAACCCCGACCUCAGAUAAUCAUAAUUCCAAUCUCUUCUCUUUAGCAUCACGAAGUGUUAAUGGUAGUUGAAAAAAUGAAACCUGAAAAUAUGGAUCAUGUUGAUUAGAUAAAAGGCGGAAACUGAACUGGGAUAACUAGUGCAAGAGAAUUAACUAGCGUACAUGACGCUGCAAAAUGCAACUUACGUUAGCACUUUCGCGGUAAAUAUGUUGUUAACGCAUGGGCUGGAAGUCUAUUUUGCACGCGCACCAAAGUCCUGCGGAAAAUUUUUCAAAAACUGUUUCAUUUAUUUUAAACAAAAUAUGAAAAUACAAUUUCGCACCCAAUAGGACGCUGAAUAGCACCCUAUUCUAGGAGCUCCUACUCUUACUUUGAACCGAAAUUUUCCGUUGAUUGCGGUAGGAAGAACUUUGCAGAAAUUGGUCUUAUGGCGGACGAGGAAAGCCAAGGAAUUACGAGGUUUCAGCGAAGAGUUGGAGAGAAUUCACCAGUAACAGACACCCGACCCUGAUUUGCACAAUGUCAUUGCGCGCGUGCUGAGUCUAUUUACUUAAAGACUCCACAUGUGACUCCGUGGCGCAACGGUAGCGCGUCUGACUCCAGAUCAGAAGGUUGCGUGUUCGAAUCACGUCGGGGUCACCGUUUUACGCGCAGAAAAUUAUACAGGUAUCUGUACUUUAGAUAUUUAAAAAUUGAAGAUAGCACCUGUCAAAUGGAUGCAAAUGCAAUAAAGACGCUUUUACUUCGGGUAUUUAUGAGCGCCCUGAGGGCUGGGCUGAUGAUUAAUCGUCAGUUGAAGUUGCGGACCGUUAAUUGAAAUAUAAAAGCUCACCCCACGACCUAUUCCUUUCCGUGGGCUGCAAUGAGAAUGCUGUAUUUUUCGAAAAUUGGACUGGACAUUUGACCCAUCCUUGGACUGAGCAGUCGAAGGAAUUGACUGAAGUCAUUACGCGAGGGUAUUUUCUCGGAACAUUUGACCAUCUCAACAACUGUAGAUGACGUGCUGCAAGACCUGCCUUCAAACGCUCUCAACGAUUUCGGCAAUGAUCGCAAGGAUGCAUGAAUAUAAAAGAUUGUCCAGACAUGAGUGGAGACCUUGAGUUCAACAAAAGUAAUUUUUCGAAGCCCAUUUGACACCUAUGAAUUUCGAAUUGUGCAUUCAACCACUGUACUGUAUGCAAUGAACCGUGAAGGAUUUACUGCUUUUGGGGAAUCAAAAGAAUUUUCAGUGUGUUGGUUCACUUUGAACUAGAAUUUUCUGUUGAUUGUGGCAGGAACAGUCUUACAACGACUGAUUUUAUGGUAGAUGAAGAAAGCCAAGGAAAUAUAAGGUUGAAGCAUUAUUUCCCCGCAAUUAAUUUAAAGCAGGCAUAGACAGCAGAAUUUAUUGGAACCAGUAAAUUUCACGACGGCUUAUCAACUGCAGCCUGUCGUUGCAUAACACAAAUAACAAGUGAGAAAGAUACAGCGGUUUGAACUUCCACAGAGAAAAUAAAUGUAAAACAGCAAGGCCAUCGUAUACUGCACGUAGACUAAUCAAUAAAAUGGUAACUUGAAAACACAACGCAGGAAAGAAAAUGCGGAAGUUAAAACGCCGAGGGAUUUCGUAAGUCAAACGGAUGCGGAUCUACCAGGGCAAGCUGAGGUUGACCACAUGGUCUAACUGUUUGCAUAGGUCGGGUUUCUCCCGCCGUGUGUAGGCUGCCUCCGAGUUGUUUGUCGAGGGAUUUACGAAAUCCCUCGGCGUGUCAACUUUCCCAUUUUCUUUCCUAUGUUGCGUUUUCAAGUCGCCAUUUUAUUGAUUAGUGUACGUGCAGUAUACGAUGGCCUUGCUGUUUUACAUUGAUUUUCUCUGUGGGAGUUCAAACUGCUGUAUCUUUCUCACUUGUUAUUUGUGUUAUGCAAUGAGAGGCUGCAGUUGAUAAGCCGUCACAAAAUUUACUGGUUCCGGUAAAUUCUGCUGUCUAUGCCUGCUUGAAAUACAAGUUCUCAGCGAACAGUUGGAGAGAAUCAACUCAUAGUAGGACACGCCUACUUGACAUGCAUAUAUAUAUUGACGAUUGUCAUUCUCUUGGCGUAGAUGAAGACUUCUCGCCACGUCAGCUGCUGUGUUUAAUCCCAUUGCCAGUUUGCUUUACUUUCCUGGUCACUGGCAUUUUGGAGAGGGAACUGACAAUUAGGCUACUUCUGAUCAGAUGCAGUUUUUGGGAACUAUCACAAUCCGCUAACGGUUGUAACUUAAAAGGUUGCUAGCUGACUGCACUCUGCUAGCUGUGGAAGUAGCACAGCUGUGCCACGCCCUGUCGUCUUGGGUGUGGAAACAGUUGCGUGAGACACGGUGCGCAAGUCUGUUUCUCCGUAAGCAAUUUGCCACGUCGGCGUCGUGACAGUUAAUGGUCUUUGUCGCCUACGACUCCCACUUAUAUGACUUAGUCCCUACAGCAGCAAGCUGACCGGACUUUGAGCCGCAUUUUUACUCCUGAAAAUCGUUUCGCGCGGCUUUAUUUGCCCUUAUAGUUUGGCGUGUUAUUUCGUGUUAUUAGGCCGACCAGGGUCGAAGCUGGCGUUGUCAUUAUUUUCAAAGGCAGUGGCUGUUAUGACCCGAAAGGAAGUUUGAACGGAAUGAGGGCCGGUUCGGAAAACACCUUUUUAUCUGAGGAUAAUGAACUGCUCACAGAUCAAGGGACUUGCAGGGCUGACGUUUCGAAGAGCUGGGGCGGCUCUCCAUUUUCAAAACGUCUAGUGAAAAAAUCGAUCAGGAUUUUGAAUGGACAGCCGGAUUAGUUGGCCUUGGUCUGAUCGAUUUUUUUCCUUCUUUCGCUGUCUUAGCCUACCGGCCGUCAUCUGUGAGUGUUGGUGGCCUCCUGUAUUGUGUUUCGCCACCUCAGUUGGGGUUAGUUGCGUUUGCGUUCCCCUUUUGGGUGAGUUGGUCGACAGGCCCUGUUUGCUCGGUAGUCUUAGGCGCCAUAUGACUGUCUUGUCUUCGUCACGGCGUAUGUAAUGACGUAAAAUUUUAUAGGCCGAAGGAAGGUCUAGAUGCCUUUUGAUGGAGUUGGCAUCAGAGGCGAUGGCCGGUAGGCCUAGGCAGCGAAAGAAGAGAAAAAAAUCGAUCAUACCAAGGCCAACUAAUCCGGCUGUCCAUCCAAAAUCCAGAUCGAUUUUUCACUUGACGCUUUAAUAAUGGAGAGCCGCCCCAGCUCUUCGAAACGUCAGCCCUGCAAGUCCUUCGAUCCGGUGAGCAGUUCAUUUUCCUCAGAUUAUCAACCCGGAUCUCUUACUUUUGCUAACCUGAACGCCUUUUUAUCGAUAGCUAACGAACACGGGGUGUUUCAACCUGUCGGAAAGACGCCUUAUUUGUGUUGGCCCUUGCGCUUUCUGGGACAUUCCGGCCAAUGGCGUUCCCGCCCACUGCGUGCCGGUCGCGGAUUGGCCACCGCCUGCGCCACGCCGCUUUUUGUUCCGAAUUGUUUACACCGCUAGGCCCCAGCGGUGUCCUUGUGUUUGCUACUUUGUUUCUUUGCCUUUAUUGUAGAACGUGCAGAAGAUGUUGGGGUUUGCUCCCUCGCGCGCUUCACUGGCACAGAAUUCCUUCGGAGCAGCGCAGUGA